GCAACUUUGUGCACAACACACAUUCACAUUCCCACUCUGACACACUUUCACUCUCUCCCUGACUCGAGCAGGAGAGCACACUCAGGAUCAGACUACACACCUGUACACAUUGAUAGGUUGCAUGAACACACACGUAUUGACAAGUAUCUUGUCAUUGAUUUGGCUGUAACAGAGGCACUGCAUGUGGUGAGACAUUUGGUCCUACAGUACAGAUGAACAUGGACACGCACCAUGAGCACCACGACCACGGCAACGGCAACAUGGCUGGCACCGUGGCUCCUCCCAUGGGGACAGACUCCCAUGGGGAUGGAGGAGGGCAUGGAAUAGGACACUGUGCAGGAGGGGGAAUGAUGAUGAUGCAAAUGACCUUCUACUUUGGCUACACAAACGUGGAGCUGCUGUUUGCCGGUUUGAUCAUCAACACACCUGGAGAGAUGGCAGGGGCCUGCAUUGGUUGUUUCAUGCUGGCUGUGCUCUACGAAGGACUGAAGAUCAGCAGGGAGUUCCUGCUGAGGAGGAACCAGGUCAACGUGCGCUAUAACUCCAUGCCUGUCCCGGGAGCAGACGGCACCAUGCUUAUGGAGACCCACAAGACUGUAGGCCAGCGGAUGCUGAGUCUGUCCCACUUAUUGCAGACAGUGUUACACAUCAUCCAGGUGGUGGUCAGCUACUUCCUUAUGUUGGUCUUCAUGACCUACAACGCUUACCUGUGUAUCGCCGUGGCAGCGGGGGCCGGGGUGGGAUAUUUCUUAUUCAGCUGGAAAAAGGCUGUGGUUGUCGACAUCACCGAACACUGUCACUAACACCCCCACCUGGUCUUUAUUCAUCCUCCCACACACAUAAACACACACACAGGCAUUCUCCUUUCAAUCCCCAUCGUCAUCAUCAUACAUCCAGUUUUAUAUACAUGUAUCACAUUUGGACAGUUCACUUUGUCACACUAAAGCUGCUCGAUGGCAAAUGUGAAUUAUGACAUUUUACAUUUUAGUCAUUUUAGCAGACGCUCUUAUUCAGAGCGACUUACAGUUAGUGAGAGCAUACUUUUUUUUCUCUUCAUACGGUGACCAUGAGUUUUUACAUUUGUGACAGUCUGUCCUAUUGGUAGCUCUAGAAGACUACCUGUGUCACCGUAACACGAUGUUGGUAUUCCAAAUGCUUGCUGCUGUUAUACCAACAUACCCCCCCCGUCUCAAUCUCCACGUCUCUGUGAAAAGAGCUAAACAUCCACUCUUCCCCCAGUCGUGCAAUUCUCAGUCUAUUUGUAUUAUUGCGCAACAAUCAGUGCACGUUCAGCCUUAUAGCAUCGGACCUAGGCUCUUCUGCUCACACAGGGCAUUUGCAACAACUUUCUCCUUGAAGAACAGUGUGCUGGUGCAAGCAGUGAGUAGUUAAAUGAAUAGGGCCUAGAGUAGCUCCUAACCAGGGAAAAAUGCUGGGCUCUGGCAUUCUGAAGCCAAGUCAUAUCUGCAUUCCAUCUGACAAUCCGGUGGGGGCCAUACAUAAUCAGUGUCUCACAACAGGAGUCAAAGGUCAUACUUGAGAUUGUGUGGGGAUGGUGGGGCAGCUUUGGCUGUAUGACUGAGCCUUACUAAACCCUUUGCUUUAAAGGAGGAAAACAUGUGACAGCAUAGGCCAACUGUAGACAGGACCCGUAGUCUACUGAUAAGUGCCAGUGCCAUUUUAAAGAAGUUUGUCCAAUGGACGAGCAAUUAAGUACAGUACACUGUACGUGUCAUGUGAUUAUAUUAAUUAAAGAGUAUAAUGCAGCAGAAAUAGUGAUGACCCUUAAAACCCUCUUCAUGAUACACACUGCUAUGCAAUGUUCCAUUUUGGAUAGUUUAUGAAUAAAAACCUCAGUAUUUA